AUGGAGAAUCCACCACAGCCCUGGGGAACGUGGUUCCAAUGGAGCCUGUCAUGGGGGCCUCCCAGCCUCUGCAUGGGAGCUCGCCCUUCCCAGAUGGUCGCCCCCUGCAGGCGAUGGGCUUCCCUCUUCUCCCUCACCUGCUGCGUGGCCCUGCUCCUGGGGCACCUGGGCGGCGCUGCCCCCAUGCACCCCAAGUACCCCGGGGACGAUGCCCCCGUGGAGGACCUGGUCCAGUUCUACAACGAGCUGCAGCAGUAUCUCAACAUGGUCACGCGGCCCAGAUACGGCAAGAGAUCCAGCAGCCGGACGCUCUGCGGAGACCUCUAUGACCCCUCUGGAUGCUAAACCUGACAGGGUGUGAUCCUGAGCGGAAGCCACCUUGGGGCGAACAGGAAAAGGCCUCGGGGUGGAAAACCCCACCCCGGCGCUGAUCCCUCUGUGAUUCUCCUCUCUUCCCCGCUCCUGUGCCCCCCGGGGCCGCCUGCUUCAAAGACAAC